AUGAUUCGCUCACUCGGGCUUGCCCUCUUGGUUGCCUCUGCUGCCCUCGCAGAACCGCUACUAAGACGUGAUGGAGAACAUGGCCACCAUCAUGCUGGACAACCACUUCAAGAGCUGAACGAGACGGAAGUAACAAUGUGGCAUCAACCUAUCGGACCUUCCUACUACACCAUCGACUGGGACGAUCCAGUAGCACCAGGUCGCCAUCCGGGCUGGCUUAUCACCCAUAUCCUUUUCAUGGCGCUAGCGUUCUUCGUCUGCCUCCCCGUUGGCAUCACCCUUCGCUCCGUCAAACACCAUUUGCAUUCCCUGGCAGUCGUCGCGUUCUACGCAUCAUUCUUCAUCGCUUGUGCAGCCAGCUCAAUCUAUCGGAAAAUGACACCUGAUAUGUAUCCUGGGCAAUCCCACUCGCGCCACGGCUAUUACCUCCUCUUCGCCUCGCUCCUGCUUACCACCAUCGAUCUUCUUGGCACGCUCCGCCGUUUAGUCGAUUUCCUCUGGACAGCUAAACAGUGCUCGAUUGGAGGUCUAGUGAAUGCGGUUUUAGACCGUGCUCCAGUCGACAGCGAGAACAACGUGGAGUAUAUAGGGCUCAUGCCAGAGCCGAGUAAGGAUGACAACUUCGAGGAAGUCUCGUUUGAGCAUGGUGACACCGAGCAUUGGGCCAACCAUGUCCGCCGUCAUUCUACGAUGUCGGAGGGAACCUUGUUUGGGCCCCAUUCGCCGCGUUCAGACAAGACUCCCCAUGACUGGCAUUUGGCGGCCCCGCAGAUAUCGACGAUCACCCGCAUUGGUAGAGCCAUUUUCUCAACCGCUGAACGCACCCUCGUCAUCGCCGCAUUUGGACUAACUCUCACGGGGAUCGUCGUCUACACAGGUGGCUGCCGACAGAACUACAUCAACGGAUGUCUCGCACACUUGAUCAAAGGAGGCAUCUUCUAUGUCUACGGUCUUGUAACGUUUGCCCGGUUCCUGGGCUGGUGCUCCCACCUUGGCUGGUCGUGGAAUCGCGCGCCGACAUCCGGUCAUCCGACUGCUGAAUUCGUCGAGUCCACUGUUAUCUUUUUGUACGGCGCAACCAACACUUGGCUGGAGCGCUUCGGCGCCAACCCGGGUGACCCAUUCACCACCAAGCAAAUUCAGCACAUUGGUAUUGCCGUCAUGUUCUGGUUUGCAGGCCUGAUCGGUAUGGCGGUGGAGUCGAAAACCCUCCGCAGAUGGCUUUCUGCUUUGGCCGUGGACACAUCUGAAAAUGUUGAGACGCCAGCGACCUACACAUCCAGCUUCAACCCAUUCCCCGCCCUCGUGAUCGGGGUCACGGGCUCUGUGAUGGCUGCGCAUUUCCAGACUUAUGUAUUCCAGGUCCAAAUCCAUGCCCUUUGGGGAAACCUCCUCCUUGCCUUCGCUGUAAUGCGCUGCAUCACCUACUUUUUCCUCUGGGUCUCCCCUCCCCGUUCAACACUGCCCUCCCGCCCGCCCACCGAGGCCCUCGCAAGCUUCUUCCUCGCCGCUGGCGGCGUCAGCUUCGUGUUCUCCACCGAGGAGCUCACCAUCGCCGCCAUGCGCAGGGGCCGCGACGACAUUAUGAUGUUUGCCGUGGCUGCAGUCGCGAUCACGUGCCUCUCCUUCACGUGGACGAUAUGCAUAACCGCGUUCUCGGGCUGGAUGAAGAUGCGCACGACCAGCCGCGGGUACCACACGCCUGCUUAA